CACUGAACAUCUGUUUCAUCAUGUGUGUGUGUGUGUGUGUGUGUGUGGACAGACAGUGAGUCAUAAUGAAGGUGAUGAAAAUAUUGGGUGAUAAAGGUGAUGGAGGUAAUGAAGGGCUGAAGGUUAUGAAGGUGAUGGAGGUAAUGGAGGUGAUGAAGGUGCUGAAGGUGAUGGAGAUGAUAGAGGUGAUAGAGGUGAUGGAGAUGAUAGUGGAUAAGUAUGGGGCAUCAUUAACACAGAUUUAAGGAACAAAUCUAAUGAAUGAAUAUUGUAGUGACUGUAACAGUUCUGAUGUAUGAGGUGCUGCCAGCUGCUGGUUGAUAUCUGUAAUGACAGUUCAUCACUUCUCAAAAAUAAAAUAUUUUAUAUUAGAAGAGAAAUUAAUAAAAUAAUCAGUAUUAAUAUUUCUGCGUUUUCCUGAUGCAUGUAUGUAUGUGUGUGUGUGUGUGUGUGUGUCGGUGUUCCCACGCUCAGGUGGAGCUCAGGGUGAUGGAUGUGUAAACACACAGUCACGUGUAAUAAAUCCUGAUUAUUAGGAGGUGUUGUGUCAGUGUGUCUUUCCACACGUUAUUGAGAUAACCAGGUUAUGGACAGCUCUAUAUUACAGCUCCAGGCUCGGGGUUUUCACUGUUUUGUGUUUGGUGUUCGAGUGCGAGUUUACAUUUAAAAUGUCUAAAUGUCACUUCAGUACCAUGUGCAUCAUCUGCACCGUGGUGUCCGUGGUGUCCGUAUCCAUCCUCAUAGGUCUUUGGACCUUCCAGUUCCUCCUGUUUGAGGACCACACCAGAUCUCAGACCGCAAUGUCUGAUGGUGAACCCUGUCUCCAUGAAGAUCUGGUUUCUGUAUCCUACGAUAUCACGCUCUGGCCACGUCUCCAGCCCGACUCUGAAGGCCUCUUCAUCUUCACGGGAAACUCCAGCGUGGUGUUCCGAUGUGUGAAGGAGACGAAUCUGAUCCUGAUUCACGCCAACAAGCUGAAUCUGACCACUACUGCCACACUGAGCACGCUCAAUGGCUCUCCUGCACCGUCCAUCACGUCCACACGAUUCGUGAGCAACACCCAGGAUCUCGUUUUUUACCUGAGUGAGAAACUAAAAGCAGGAGAGACGUACAAACUCCACACUGAGUUCUUAGGAGAACUCGCUGAUGAUCUGGGAGGAUUUUACAGGAGCGAAUACUUUGUAAAUGGAGUUAAGCAGUCAGGCGUGAUCAGUGAGCUCCACCCCCCACACGCGUGUGCAGGUUUCCCGUGUCUCACAGAGACAAACUCCAAACCUGUUUACCGUCUCACUCUCCUGCAGGCACCAGGACCUUCACCUUCUCUGCCAUCACACACUCCGAGAGAAUAACCUGGUGUUCGGUUCGGAGGUCACAGUGAGUGGGAUAUGAAAUGACUUCAUCAGAUCAGCUGACUCUCAUCUUUAAUGACCACAAACACCAUCAACAACCACAAAACACCAAACACUCCACCAGCAAACACCAUCAACAACCACAAAACACCAAACACUCCACCAGCAAACACCAUCAACAGAAACUACCAAACACCAAACACUCCACCAGCAAACACAAAACACUUCAACAACAAAAACAUAGACCAACAAACACCAAACACUUUACUAACAAACACUGCAACGGCAAAAACCAACAAAAGUAGUAUGUGAUGUGUGUAAUGUGUGUGGUGUGUAGUGUGUGUGGUGUGUGAUGUGUGUAGUGUGUGUAAUGUGUAGUGUGUGAUUCUUGUUUAUAUUACAGCUGAUUUUAAUAUUUUGUCUCCUGAUUGUCAAUUCCAUUAUUUCUUUUCUAUAUUAUUAUAAUUAUUAUUAUUAUAAAGUCAGUUCUUUGUUGGAUUUUAUUGUUUAUGUUUUAUCUGUAACUCUCUAUUGUUAUCGAAUAUAAAAGCAAAUAUUCUCUAGAAUGAUUGUCCACCUCUGGAAAAACACCAGCACAAAGAAAUAUAGAAAAAGAAGAGAAAUAAAUGAGUUGUAUGAGUUUAAUUUCAAGACAAAGGUUGUGGAUGGUGUUGUGUGUGUGUGUGCAGGAUCUCACACCUCACAAUCACUCCUCAGGGAAACAACACACUCCUGAGAAUAUGGAGGGAUAAUAAAAUGGAGGAGGCGGGGUAUAAAGGGGGCACUGGGUGGAGGAGGCGGGG